AAAGACUGGACGGAAAGGGCACAGUAUCAAGUGCAACGUCGCCGCGUCCUCAUCUAUUGAGAUAUUUCGAAAGAUCGAAUUUAGAAUUACAUACAACAUGAAAUUCUUGGUGAUCGUUUUUGUGGCCCUAAUUGCCAUUGCUUCCGCAUUAAUACAAUUUGGAUUCGGUGGAUUCGAAGGAGGAUUCGGUGGCCAACAGCAGCAUCAGCCGUAUAAGGGAUUCAGUGGAGGAUUCGGCGGUGGUUUCGGACAACAACAGCAGCAACAGCAAGAGGGAUUCGGUGGAUUCGGAGGAGGAUUCGGUGGCCAACAGCAGCAACAGCAGCAAGAGGGAUUCGGUGGAGGAUUCGGUGGUGGUUUCGAACAACAACAGCAGCAACAGCAAGAGGGAUUCGGUGGUUUCGAUCAACAGCAACAACAACAACAGCAAGGAGACUUCUGAAAUAAUUUCCUUAUGGAAUCGUCUUUAAAUUAAUUAAAUAACACUAAAAAAAACAAAAA